GAGGGAGGGAGGACGGGGGUGAGGGGAGUUGAGUGAUUGAACUUUCUUGUGUAGUUUCUGCGCGCAGAGGUGUCCGUCCCCGGCGCAACCCGGUACCAGCCCGCCGAGCGGGAGCGAGCUCACCCCGGCGCCUGCCGCCCCCCGCACCGCCCGGCCGCCCCUCUGCCCUCCUCUCCCGCAGAGCGAUGGUGCGGAGGGCGCCCGGCGCGUCCCUCGCCCUGAUCCUCUGGGUGACGGCCGCCUGCGGCAGCCCCGACGGGCCGGGGGCCGCCGCCUCCGCUCGCAGACAGGACGAGGUUUUCUCCACCGCCAGAUGCACCUCCAGGUGCCUGAGCCUCCAGAUCACUCGCAUCUCCGCCUUCUUCAAGCAUUUCCAGAACAAUGGGUCACUUGCUUGGUGCCAGAAUCAUAAACAGUGUUCAAAGUGCCUGGAGCCCUGCAAAGAGUCCUGGGACCUGAAGAAAAACCAUUGCCAAAGCUUCUGUGAGCCUCUUUUCCCCAAGAAGAAUUAUGAAUGCCUAACUAGCUGUGAGUUCCUUAAGUACAUCCUGUCUGUGAAGCAAGGGGACUGCCCAGCACCUGAGAAGGCCAGUGGUUUUGCAGCUGCCUGUGUUGAAAGCUGUGAAGCUGAUAGUGAAUGUUCUGGAGUGAAGAAAUGUUGUUCCAAUGGAUGUGGUCAUACGUGCCAAGUUCCAAAGAAUCUGUACAAAGGUGUUCCACUGAAACCCCGGAAAGAGUUAAAAUUCAUAGAACAUCAGUCUGGAGACCUAGAAGUGAAGUGGUCUUCAAAAUUCAAUAUUUCCAUUGAGCCUGUGAUUUAUGUUGUUCAGAGGAGGUGGAAUCAAGGAAUCCAUCCAAGUGAGGAUGAUGCUACUAACUGGCAAACUGUGGCACAGACUACGGAUGAGCGGGUUUGGCUGCCGGACAUCCGAGCAAGCCGGUGGUACCAGUUCCGCGUGGCAGCUGUGAACGUACACGGGACGAGAGGCUUCACAGCACCCAGCAAGCACUUCCGAUCCUCAAAAGACCCAUCUGCUCCACCAGCUCCAUCUAAUAUCAGAAUUGCCAAUAUCAGUGCAAGCAAUGAUGGGAGUGUGAAUGUAAUGAUUACAUGGGAUCUUCCAGAAGAGCCUGAUAUCCCAGUGCACCACUACAAAGUCUUCUGGAGCUGGACAUACAGCAAAUAUGUAAUUCCAGCGAAAAAAAAGAGAAGGAAGACUACCGAUGGGGCCCAAAAUUAUGUGGUCUUGGAGGGGCUCCAGCCCAACAGCAACUACAAUGUAGAACUGCAGGCAGUAGCACGUUGGGGUCAGAUACGCCUAAAAAGUGCUAAGGUUUCUCUCCAUUUUAGCACGACUCAGGACAUCAGGAGUAAUAAGGAACGGACGUCUGUUGGGAAACCACAGAAAGGACUCGUAGAUCCUUACCCAAACUUUCAAAGAAGGAAAACCACUCGUUUUCUAAAAAUUGGAACUCCUUUCUAUCAGGACAAUCAACUUCAGGUCAAAGUCUACUGGAAGAAGACGGAUAUCAGCAUGAAUCAAUUCCAAGUCCACUGGUUACUGGAGUCCUGUGCACACAAUGAUACCAAAGGACUUAGGAAAGUAACAGAGCUGACUUAUGAAAACUACAUUAUUCUGAAGGACCUGUCAUUUUCAUGCAAAUACAAAGUAACUGUUCUGCCUGCAAAAUCUAAAGGGCGUUUUAAGGCUGAGAGCACUUUCUUUGUUACCCCCCCUUGCUCUGCAUUUAAAGAAAAGAAGCACAAGCACAUUAAUUGUCCUGCUGAAGGAGUGCCAGUUCUACCCAAAGUGUUGGCCAAACCCGAGAAUCUAUCUGCAUCUUUCAUUGUUCAGGAAGGUAACAUCACUGGUCAUUUUUCCUGGAAGAUAUCUAAGGCAGACCUUCACCAGCCCAUGACAGGGUUUCAAGUCACUUGGGCAGAAGUGACCACAGAAAGCCGGCAGAACAGUUUACCCAACAGCAUCAUUUCGCAGUCACAGAUACUGCCAGCAGAUCAUUAUGUACUCACUGUGCCCAAUCUGAGGCCAUCGAUGCUGUACCGCUUGGAAGUUCAAGUGCUGACGACUGGUGGGGAAGGGCCAGCUACGAUUAAAUCAUUCCGAACACCUGACCUUCCUCCGUUUUCACCCCACAGACCUCAUCUGAAGCAACAUCAUGCACAUCACUACAAGCCACCCCCUGAGAAAUAUUAGGCUGUUUCAGAUACAAAUAACUGAGCAGAAAAAACUGAGCUCCCAAAUGAGGUCUGGGAAAAGGCAUAUCUGUAAUAGCAAUGAACCCAGUUUUCCAAUGGAAGUGACCAUCCUGUACGACUGUAUCUACUUCUCUGUAGUUUAUUCAUGAAAAAUUAUAUUUGCACCAUGACCAGGAUGAAUCAUACAGCAAGCAUCACUUCAUUACCACCACGGUUCAACAAACUGAAGAUUGCAUCCAUCUCAACACCUGUGAGAAAAUUAGAAGUGUGUUCAUUAUAAUGUUUUCAUAUAAUAUGUUUAAAGUAGGUUGAAACAGUGCAGUGUAUACAGCUUUUUCUCUUAGUGAAUUCAAUGUUAAUAUUUGCAAGGUAGUCCUGUGAUGUAUACAUAAUUUUGAAAGAGGCCAGCUUCUCAUCAGUGGUUUUAAAUGAUCUAUUUUACUUAAAGCCCUGCCUGUCACCAGUUUAAACCCUAUUGUAUUUUGCUAUUAAAUAAGAUCUUCACAUAUCUGAAAUAAGGACAUGAGUAAAAUAAAUACCAGUAGCAGUAACCCCAAAGUAUCCAGUAUUUAAUAAUUGCAGUGUCACCAUGGAGGAGGAGGAUGAUAUGUUUGUAUAUCCAUCUGGUCUAAAGUGGUAAUGUUCUAUCACAUAGAUCUUCUAUUAGUAUAGUUAAUAGCUGAAGGAUAUACAGGGUAGAUAUACCAUUGUAUAGAAACAAAUGGCGAUUAAUAUAAUUGUUUAAAGUUGGUGGCAAUGAAUGCAAGUAAUUGAUAGGUCCUGGAAGAAUGACUUUUAAAAUCCAGUUUACAUUUUUUUGAUAUAUAAUAUUUCAGGAUAUAAUAUUAUCUUGAAAAAACCCACAAGUUUUCUAGUUAAAAAUCUGAAUAGUUAACAUUAACAUUUUAGAAACUGAAAUUCUGAGGCACAUUUAUUAUUCAAGUAGCUGUAGAGCUACUUUUUGGCUUUGAAUUUUGAUGCACAUAUUUCUUUUCCCUGUGGAACUUUAGAACAGAAGGAUGGAUGUAUUUACUCUAUUUUGCUGUUCUGCUUACAGAAAGAAUUAUGUGACAAUAUUCUGGCAUAUGGAAAACAUUGGCUUAUAGUUUAUUUGAAUGCAUUUUUCAAAUUUAGACAGAAGGGUGCCCUUUUUAACCAUAAGGGAAUUCAUAUUGCCUUAUUGUGCAAUAUAAACUGUCUAGAGUAAUUUGUCACACAGAGAAACAUAUCUCAAUAGUAAACAGAAACUGCUUGGAUUUAUUAUUGAGAGGGUGGAAAGUAUCUACCAAUAAACAUCCAUACAAAUACCUGUAAUCAGCGUUUAACGUUCAGGAUGUUCAAAGUGGUCCUGCAUUCUUUGGCACCGUUUCCACUGCUCCCUGAAUCAUCACAUACCUCUGACACUUGAGUCCAACUUGACUAAGUGGCCACCUUUUCUACCAGCAAAUUCUAUGGACUCACCUGUGCUUCAUAUUUAUCUGAGAUAUUCAGUGAGAGGAGCUCAGACAUUAGUGGUAAAUAGAUUUUCCUUCUCUCCAUAACAAACUGCUUUGUGGAAGAAAAUAAAUACAUACCUGAAACUGAGGAUCAGAGCUAUGUUUGUUAUAGUAGAAUAUUCACAAAAUACUCAGUUUGUCUAUACUGAAGUUUAUAGCUUUUUGUUUCAUGUGGAUUAGUACCAGAAGGAAACAGUAUUAAUUUCUGAUCACUUGCUCAUCUCAGUUUUUCUACAUUUCUACCUUUGGUUUUAAAGGGCUCUUUUCCAUUCUCUUUCUAUUUUGCUGCUUCUCUUUUUUGAUAUUCACUUAGUGACCAAGAACUUUGCCAUAAAUUUUUUAUAACUACAUGGUUUGGGCCUUUAGCAGUAGUUUAAAAAUGUUAAAGGCUAUGGUGCUUUUUAAUUCCUUCUUCUGUUAUUGUGUCAUCUCCCAAAAUACAUUAGCAAAUAAACAGAGGAACACUUCUUCAAAAAAAUCUGUAGAAUAAAGGUUUAUUUUCAGUUUUGGCAAAAGACCAGAGUCUGAGGGAUUUUUGUCAGGAUGGAAAUGUUUCAUAUGUAUAAGUCUUUAUAAAGAAAAUAAAAUUUGAAUUGGACUGGUGGGCAACACUGCUUCCACAUUUGGAUUGCACAGGGCGUAGAUGAGUCUAGAAGUGAUCUUCCUGGUAUUUGCUGGAUCAGCAGAAUCAGGGAAAGUAAUUACCUCAGGCUUCUCUGAAGAAUUCUGUCCAAACCUUUCAAUCACAGUCUGUUCUAGUUGUGCUGGAUCAAAUCUGCAGUGACUUGAUUAAUGUUAAUGAAAUUACAUUUCAUUCGUACUGACAUGGUAAAGCAUGGAACAGGAAUGUUGGUCUUAAUUACAAUGAUGCCAAAUCUGGAUUGGAUAUAAACAGGAAUUUAGGAGCCCUGAGUCAUCACACCCUUAGACUCAGUUGCUGAGAGAAAGCUUCAUCCCUCCAAAAUGAAUCAAAAUGGUUACUGUUUGCUGAUGCCAGUCUCUCUGAAGCAUUCAUCUUUUCAAAGUAACAAUGUACUUUUGAAGAAUAUCAAGAGGUUUUCCCUUUUGAAGUAGAUUAAUCAAAAAAAAAAGUUGAUAAAGUAAAAAUAUACUGAACAAGUGUAUUAUAUAGAGCCCACUAAGAUGUAAAAUAUUUUUUCCUUCUACAAAUGAUCUUACCAAUUCACCUUUCAAAUCACCCUCCAAAUAAAACCCAAGAAGUACUAAGUCAACAAAGCUCAUGAAUGGAUGUUAAAUUCCCAACUGUGAUUUCUUGAUUAUUUUUUUAAUUUAGCAGUACAGAUUUGAAGUUUUUAGUGCCUAAUUCUAGAGUCUUGUUUGCUGAAUCAGACAGGAUAUCGUCCUAAUUUACUAAACCACAUUAGGCAUUUAAUUCAGCAAUAGAAUUGCAGUUUGCUACUUGAUUCACUAGUUAAAGAUUAAUUUUCUCUAAUGAUGUUGUGUGAUACAGAGCUAAUAUUGGGAUUAUAUUAGAGAUAUUGGGAUGUUUUUAGAUACUCUGCACCUUUACACUAAUGUAUUAUUUGUUAUGUACGAUUCUGAUGGAUUUGUCAGUUGACUUCAGAUGCAUUUUGUUUAUUUCUUAAAGAAGAAUUAUAAGAUUAUGCUAUUUUUGCUAACUGCUUUGUGAAGUGGAUUUUUCUGUUUGUUUGUUUGUUUAUUGGUGAUUUUUGUUUAAGAAGGAAAAUGGCUUGUUCUUGUUUUAUCUUUUUUGACCAUUUUUGAGUUGUUUAUAGAGCCGGAGAGAAUAAGACAGAACUUGUGCUGUUGUCAUCCAUGCAUAUCAUCUUGAAUAUUCAUUAGGAAUAUAGCACAUAGGUGAAAAUAAGAAGUCUGAUUUCUGGAAUGCUGAACAUCUUCGAUUUAAUGGUUUCAGCAAGAGCUAAGGACAUGGUGUGGCAAUGAUAACAUUAAUAUUAAUAUUUGACGUGGUCACACACAAAGUCAAAGAAAUGCUCAUUGCUAAUGUGAAUGGGAACUUUACCCUUGGGAUUAGCAGAACUGUAUAGAAACCUUAAUACUGAGUCAAUUUAUUCCACAGUAGUUUCAUUUCCAUGCUCCCAACUGGAGUCAGGGAGAGUUUCAAAUGAGCAGGUCCUGAUUUAGGAAGGUAUGCAGAAGACAAAACUUCCAUGUGCACAAAAGACCCCAGUGGAAUGGAAGUAAACCAGUGCAGCUAAGAAUGAGCUUUAGUGAUGCUUCAAAUCAAGCAUGGAUGUCAAAGUUUGCUUGAAUACUCUCUUAAAUCUGGGCCUUGUAGAACAACAUGAGGGAACCAGACAGUUCUAAAUUCUGUGUACAACACCAUAAAAAUUUUUAUUUUUCUUUGUGUAUAUGUAAAUGUCAUUGUGAUAUUGAGUUAUUUAUUAAUUCAUUUUCUUAUACCAUGUGCCAAGUAUGUUCCUACCCUUUUGAUCAGUACCUGUGAACAUCAAUACUAAAAAUAAUGUUAUGCAAACUUGUGCAUUUUAACCAGGAAUAUAAUGCUAAUAAGCUGUUGCAUGUAGUUUUAAAUAAUAAAGAAAACCCUUUAUUUAAAAAAUGUAAAUGAAUACCUGCAGAUGUUGAUGAUUAUAUAUGGGUUUGCAUGCCAAAACUCAUUGUUCAGUUGUGGGCAUGAAAUGUAACGACUGUAUUACCUCUACUGAAUAUAUUAGUAAGGUACAAUUUACAAAGUAAUCAACAGAGCUCUAUAUGUAAAAUUUUUCCUUUUUACUUAAUUAUAUUGUAGUAGCGGUAGCAGAACUACUUCUCUGUUACCCAAAUUGGCUGUAGAAAUUAUGUUUCUAUAACAGUCAUUUAAAGUCAAUAUUUAUUUAUGUCUGUAAUACA